AUGAGCGCAUUCAGCAGCACUGGCGAUCUAAGUGGCUUAGCCUACCUCGAACACGCCAACGACAAUCUCUUGACCAUUGUUCAAAUCGAAACGCAGGAGGCGCUGGACAACGUUGAUGAAAUAGCCCAAGUCGAAGGAAUCGAUGUCUUGUUCCUUGGACCCUUUGACCUGGGCAACAAUAUAGGUCACACUGUUCGCGGAGCAUUUGAUCAGCAACUUGAAGAUGCCAUCUUGAAGAUUAAAACCGCGGCAGAACAUGCCGGGAAGAAGACUGGAAUCUAUUGCCCAAAUGGUGACGUUGCGCGCAAAUACGCCGAAAUCGGCUUCCAUAUGAUUUCUGUCAUCAACGACAUGACAGUGCUUCCUGUGGGACUUUCGCAAGCUCUGUCCAUUGCAACAGGGGCGAAGCAAGAAGUCAAAGGUGCAGCAUAUGGUGGCGGGAGUUCAUAG